AUGGGUGUCGUAGACGACGUGAGCACCUACCUCACCGACAACCCCCGCGCGCGCACCGCCCUCCUCGCGACCACCGCCGCCGCCGCCCCGCUCCUCGCCGCCCCAUUCCUCGCUGUCCCCGCGCUCCUCGCCGCGGGCGUCGUGGGCAGCAGCAUUGCAUCAGUUGGCUCCGUCGGUGCCGGAAGCCUGUUUGCGCUCUGCCAGAGCGUGGUCGUGGGCGGGUAUGGCGCUGCGGCACUCGAGACAGCGGCGACAGCGGCGACAGCGGCCUCGGGUGUGGUGGCGGGUGGUGGGGCGGCCACUCGGGAGAAGAAGCGGGAGCAGGAGCAGGAGCGGGAGCAGAGGUGGGAGCAGGAGCAGGAGCAGAAACAGGAUAAUGAGGGUAGCAACGAGGGAAGGGGCGGGAAGCAAAAGCUUAAGGACGUGAAGAAGACUGAGAAGGAGAAGAGCUCUGGCUCUGGCUCAGACUCGGACACAGAGGACGAGGAUAAAUAUUACGGCUCCGACAACUCGCCGGCCACGGACAGCGGCAAGCACACGGCGGCGCAGCGGCGGGAGAAGCGGUUCCGCAAGGUGCGUCGCGAGGUGCGGGACGCGGCGGAGUUGGAGCAGGAGCGGGAGCGCGCGGAGGCGCGGGAGGAGAGGAAACGGGCCAAGAAGUUGAAGGAGAUGGUUGCGCGGAGGGAUGUGAAGGAGGCUGCUAAGAGGAGAGGGGGAGUUGGUUGUUGGAGUUGGAGUUGUGUAUGCUUGUUGAAACGGUUCCGCUCUGCUUCACAAGGUGUUGAGUUGGGGAUGCUUUGGAAUGACAAGAUAUAA